GUUAAAAAGCUAUUACCCUGUGGGGUGAUCGGUUGUGACUGGAGCACGCGCACGGCUUGACUGCAGGAUUGCGAUUUAACUGAGGGGUCUCUCUCUCUGUCUCUCUCUCUCUCUCUCUCUCUCUCUCUCUCUCUCUCUCCAGGUUUAACAGGGAGGUUUAGCUCGAUCUCGGAGUGAAUCGGGCAGCAGAUGCCAUCACCUGUCGCGAGGCUGCACACUGCGAGAGCGCGCACGCAAAGGCUGUAUCUCCUCAAGCUAUAAUUCAGAUAGCUAUGCUGACAGAUUUAACCUGCACUAUGUUUUCCUGUUUUUAUUACAUUUUUCUUCUCUUCUCAUCACCUUCGAGGGGUGUUUCACACUUUCCUGCGUUUCACUGAUACAUUCUCUGUUCCAGAAUGGAGUCAAUAAACCAAUCUGGGUUGGUGGGGACAAUCCCAGGGGAUUAUAACUCCACCUUUGGAAUGGGAUUUUCAGGAAGUCCAGUUGGGAAUUACACUGGCAAUGUUUCCGAUCAAAGCAUGCCUUUUCAAGGGAGCAGCACGAUGGUAACUGCAGUCAUAUCAUUCACCGUGUUCAUCGUUGGACUCACUGGCAACACUCUGGCUAUCUACGUAGUUUUGCGUUAUGCUAAAAUGAAAACAGUUACAAACAUCUACAUUUUAAACUUGGCCGUGGCCGAUGAGCUGUAUAUUAUGGGCCUUCCGUUCCUUACGACGCAAAACGUACUGUCCUACUGGCCGUUUGGCUCAUUCCUGUGUCGCGUUGUUAUGACAGCUGACUCAUUAAAUCAAUUCACAAGCAUCUUCUGUUUGACAGUGAUGAGUAUUGAUCGCUAUUUAGCAGUGGUGCAUCCUAUCCGCUCCACUAAGUGGCGCCGACCACGAGUAGCUAAAGCAGUUAGCGCAGCGGUGUGGGCGUUUUCCUUCAUCGUUGUUCUCCCCGUGGUGAUAUUCUCUGACGUUCAGGACACGUUUAACUCAUGCAACAUGAGUUGGCCGGAGCCACGAGACAUUUGGUCAACGGCAUUCAUACUUUACACUGCUACGCUCGGAUUCUUUGGCCCCCUGCUGGUCAUCUGUAUGUGUUACCUGCUCAUCGUUGUCAAGGUGAAGUCGUCCGGUGCGCGGGCGGGAUUUACGAAACGCAGACGCUCAGAGCGAAAGGUGACCCGCAUGGUGGUGGUGAUCGUGGUGGUGUUCGUCCUCUGCUGGCUGCCGUUCUACAUCAUCAACAUCGUAAACCUAGUCUUCAUACUCCCGGAGAACAGCGUGAUGGCCGGGGUGUAUUUUUUUGCCGUUAUCCUAUCGUAUGCAAACAGCUGUGCCAAUCCGCUACUCUAUGGGUUCUUGUCCGACAACUUCAAGCAGAGUUUCCGUAAGGUGCUGUGCGUGCGCAAGACAAAUGGCGUGGAGGAUGGCGAUCCCAGUGUGCCGCGGACGGAGAAAACGACGACCCAAGAAACCUUCCUGGCACCUCGGAACAAUGACUUUAAUGGACAUGCACAGGGCAGCCAGGUGUGGCCUGAGCCUCAAGCCACGCCCCUGAAUGUGCCAGUGACUCCGCCCUCCCACGCAGCAGAGCUCAGCCUCCACCCGGUGCCCGCUGUCUCCACACCCAGCUCCAGCCGUGACCUGUGACCCCGGGGGGUCGUGAGGGCCCAUCCGAACAAUGCCAGGAUACUUUGUUUUGGGUGGAGGGUCCAGUGUGUUCUGGAAACACAGGGUCUUUCUUCAUGCACAAGGAAACCUGGAAAUGUCAGGAAUUUCAAAGCGGUCUGGAAAAUUCUGUGUUGAAUUUAAAUGCUUUAAAAUAUUUAAUCAGUUAAGAAUUACUAUUUGUGAAUUUGUUAAAUACUAUUAAAAACCUUGAGUCUGAGGCCACCAGUGAAAAUCUGUUUCGUGUUUUUAGAAUUUAAUAAAAUCGCUUUUGUUUCAUGAUUAUGUGCAUAAUCAUUGACUUUCUCCAGCAUGACUUAAAAAGGAAUAAUGCAGGGUCUGAAAUCUUAUAAAUGUCAUUUUACAUUUAUUUGUUUUGAAAAAUGUUUCAAUCCAAAUACCUUCUUUUUACUUUCUGGAUUAAAUUACAUUUUGAAUCCCAGAUUUUCAACGUGGUCUCAGACUUUUGGGCCCAACUUUUAAAGAGUUUUAAGAAAGGAUGAAAAAGAAGCGAGAGGGGUUUAGAAGAGAGACAGGACUUCAGAUGCAAAUGAAGGGGACUGAAGAAGAUGAUGAAUGUUAACAAACACACAGGCUUUAAAACAGAAACAUUUGAUCAAUUUUCCUGCAUUAAACACGAAGUAACCUUUUUCCUUCUCCUCUACAAUUAAAUGAUUAAUGUGAAGUGUACAAAAAAGAAACACCCACACACAGAAUAUGUAUUAAAUGUACCUGCUUACAGCUGAUUGCGAAAAACUGUGUGUAUCCCAGUGUCCUUCACAACCACAGACUAAUAUGUUGUUUUCCUUCAGGAGUUCAGCAAUCAAAAAGUGCAGCACAACUCCAAGAAGUUUGAUGUAAUACUUGGAAACUCAUUCGAAUACGACCGGCACCCAGUUAUUAUUAAUAUUCCCUUUUAAACAGAUCAAACAAUAUUCCAACUACAACAUAAAACCAAAUUAGCAGGGUUAUCAGUGCUAACUAAAGUAAAACCGUAAAAAUCUUGUUUUCUUCAAAUAUUUUAAUGUUAUUGCAAUGGGAAAAUUUCUCAUUUUCAUUUAAUUUGCGUUGAAGUACUUAUAUAUAUAACUGAACAGAAGCAAAACUUAAAGUUAAUAACGUAACUAUAUAGAAAUUUUUUAAAUAGUGGUAGAGCAUUGCGUUAGCAGCUCAAAAGGCUGUGGGUUCGAUUCCAAGGGAACCGAUAAAUGCAUACAUUUUUUAAUCAGUGAUCCUAAAGGUUUUCAGAGAGAGAUGCGUGUAAAACACAGUAAAUGAUUCUGUUGUACUCCUUUCCAAAUGAAUGCUAGAUCUGCAGAGCCAAAUUUGGUUGCAGUAUGUAGGUCAAAGUUUUUAAUUGACAAGAACAUCUGCAAUGCAAACCAGUUGUUUUUAAGAUAUAUUUUUCCAGAGGUCAGCGACUCAACAGGGUUAUGGGUGGACGUAUGAAGUGAAUGGACAGAGCGCAGCCGUUGACCCUCGACACACUGGGCAGAAACUUCCCUUUCUUCAUCUGGGGACCUGCACUGACAGGUAUAACCAGAAGUGAAAGAUUGCUUCUGGACGUCAGGAUCCCAGCCAACUGAACUUUUUGACCUGUCAGAGGGGAUGGGAAUCUGUGGAAACUGAGAUUUUAAAGUACUUUAGGGUGUGGUGUUCAAUGGUUGUCGAGUAUGAGGGUCAAGAUAGCGUUUCCUGAUCCGUAUCGACAUGUUUAAACUGUCCUCUGCUCUCUGCCAAAUGUAGCAAAGUGCCUUUUCUUGUCCCAGAUCAGACGUUUGAGAAUGCGAGGCAUCAGUGGAGGCCUUAGAGACACAACCUGUUGUUUGCUUUCUUUGUUGCUCGGCUUCUUCCCUCGUCGUUUACUGGUGAGGGUUAUUUCCGUUCAUAUGCUUCGCUGUUAAGUGUAACGUAUUCAUAUGGUUUAUAUUUAAGAACGCUUUUUGACAUAAUGUCACUUGUGUAAUGAUAUUGUGAAGUGUAAUGGAAACCGCACCAACAAACAUUAUCAUCGCCUUUCUUAAGUCAUUUCUAUUGAUGUUUGAUGUACAAAUGGUCUCAUUUGCCGAAAAACAAAAAAGACAAAUUGGUGUGGGAUGGAUGAACCCAUCCAGUGUGGUCGCAGUCACCCUUCUGUACCAUUGGUGGAAGUUUCUAAAAAUGGCUUCAAUUCCUUAGCUACAAAGAUCUUCCUUGUGCGAUUUAAGUGUUCUGCGUGUCGGCAUGUGUAUUUAGCGGUUCAUAAAAGCUAUAAAGAAUGUGCAUUGCUUUGUUAAUGCUAAACGUGCCUCUGAUAUUAACUUGGAUGUCACUCAUAAUUCAGCAGGCAUAUUUCAGGCCUGUCCAUGUCAGUCAGCAAGCUUAAGAUUCUUCUAUUAAACCCAAAGACUUGUUUGAUUCUGGAUUUGUUAGGAGCUGUGAAUGACGCAUUAACAAAUCACUCUGUGCUGAAGAGAUGCUGAGCAAAUGUCCUGUUCUGCAGUGUUGCUGGUAUUAAUGUUACUUUUUAAUGAUUACUCACUUUUUAUUAUUCAUUUGUUUUUCGCGAUCCUUAUCAGGAACCAGUGUAAGAAAAUGUUUCGAAAAAAUUUAGAGAUAUUUAAAUACACAGUUUCCUGAAAGCGACCCUUCAGUCUCGUCAAUACUUAAUAUCAGAAAUCUAUAUUAAUGACAUAUUGCUGACAUUAAGAGUGCGCUUGAAUAGCUGAUGCCAUUAUUACUUAUGAAAUCAAUUAAGUGAGAAUCUGAAUAUUUAAGCUGUACAUAUACUAUGUCUUUGUCUAAAUAAAAAAGUGUAUUCAUUA